AUGAAUUAUCAACCACCACAAUAUUUAAGUGAUCCAUUCUUUAAACAAGAAUAUGAAGUUUAUUCAGCUCCAAUUUCACCUGUCAAUGAAUAUCCAGUUAAUUUUCAAGAACAACAAGAAUGGAUGAAUGAUUUCUUUAUUGGUUCAGCUCCAAUUUCACAAAAUAAUAGCCCUGUCGAUAUGAAUACUACUAUACCUCCAAAUCCCGUUAAUUUUGCACCAUACGUUGAUAAUAAAAAUGUUGAAACUACUUUGCAAGCUUCAAGUACUCAUUCAAGUAGUUCCCAACUUUUUAGUGGUUCGGAAUUAGUUUCUUCAAAUGAUACAUCAUUAGCAAAUUCACCAGAUACUCUAGUAUGUUCAUCAGAAAUAACAAGCAAUGCAUCAAAUUUAUGUUAUCCAAAUAUAACGAAUAAAUUAAAUCAACAAAAUCAACUUGAUAUUAAUUCAUUAGAAAACGUAUUUCAAACUGAAGAUAUAUUAAAACCAGAACCUCCAGUUGUAAUUAAACAAGAAGAAGGUGAACAAAUUCAACCACAACAACAAGAACCAACUAAACCAAAAAGAAGAGCACCAAGAAAGAAGUUAACUGAUACACAAAAGAAAGCUCAUAAUAAAAUUGAAAAGAAGUAUAGAAUCAAUAUUAAUGCUAAAAUUGCAGGUAUACAAAAGAUAAUACCAUGGGUUGCAUUUGAAAAGACAGCCUUUGAAACUGGAGAAAAUCAAACUGAACAAGAAGCCGAAAAAUGUAAUAAAUUGAAUAAAUCAAUGAUUUUGGAAAAAGCUACUGAAUAUAUUUUACAUUUACAAAAAACAGAACAAGAUAUAUUAAAAGAAAAUGAAAAAUUAAAAGAGAAAGUAUUACAAUUAGGUGGUACAAUAUAA